GUACACCUAAGCUUCGACGCACUCGUCAUCAGCGCGUUCUUAGCUGGGGUGAGGAGGACUACGGGGUUGAGCCCCGCACUAUCCCAAGUCCCGAAUAAAGAUAUCCGUCAACUCCUCCGGUCGUAUUUGGAAUUCGGAGAGUAUAUCUUCGAUUUCGCGGUGGUGAUAUUCGGGCGCUCAUCCUCGUUCGAGCGGAGACGAUAG